CCGAAUCUACAGUACUCAGGGGUUUUACAGAAAACCACAAAAGUGAAAGUCACUUUUAAACUGCCAUUACUCUAAAAGCAGAGACAAAUGUUCUUGAUUUUCGAAAGCUGAGAGGAAGCAGAGCACCCACUGCAGUGUCUAGCUGUGUAUCUAUGAAGCGCAACUACUCUAAAAUGGAGUGUCAUAACUUCAGAACUGAAGAAGGAACCUCUGACACAAUAGCAAAGAGAGCAACAUCUCCAGCGCUCAGUGGUGUGUGUGUGAAGAGUGACCAAUCUCCUCAUACAGUAGAGCCUGUAAACCUCAGCAAUGGAAGAGGAACCUCUGACCCACGGACUGAAUGCCAGAGAACAGCAUCUCCAGCACCGAGCAGUGUGUCAUGUAAGAGUGACUGGUCCAUCACUGAGCCCAUCACCUUCAGCAGUACAGGAGCACACAAUGUGUCACGGACUGAAUGCCAGAGAACAGCAUCUCCAGCACCGAGCAAUGUGUCAUGUAAGAGUGACUGGUCCAUCACUGAGCCCAUCACCUUCAGCAGUACAGGAGCACACAAUGUGUCACGGACUGAACGCCAGAGAACAGCAUCUCCAGUACCGAGCAAUGUGUCAUGUAAGAGUGACUGGUCCAUCACUGAGCCUAUCACCUUCAGCAGUACAGGAGCACACAAUGUGUCAUGGCAACACUCCACAGAAGCAACCCUGCACACACACGCACUGGUGGAGGACAUGGGAGACCUGCAGCAGGACUCUUACACACCUGUGGAUGGUGUCCUGCGCAGAGUCUUAGAGACACACAAAACCAGCAUGAAGAACAAGUACGAGAGCUUAUUUGAGGGAGGCAGAAUACAAGAGAGUAAGACCCUCCUGAACAGGAUUUACACACAGCUCUACAUCAUAGAGGGAGAGAGUGAAGGGGUGAAUGAAGAACAUGAGGUUUUACAGAUGGAAAAAACACCCAGGAAACAUCCAUUCAAAGACACUCAAAUCAAUUGCAAUGACAUCUUUGAACCCUUGUGUCAGCUAGGAUUUGAAGCACAUAUAAAAGUUGAAAACCAAAAUCUCAAAAGUGUGCUAACUAAAGGUAUUGCUGGCAUUGGAAAAACUGUCUCUGUGCAGAAGUUCAUCUUGGACUGGGCUGAGGGGAAAGCAAAUCAAGAUAUAGAUUUCAUGUUUGUGCUCCCAUUCCGAGAGCUGAACUUGAUUAAAAAUGUAAAGUACAGUUUUAAUAAACUUCUGUGCAACUUUUAUCCUGAGCUCAAACAUUUGGACUUAAAGAUAUUUUGUGUGCGCAAAGUUGUGUUCAUCUUUGAUGGCCUGGAUGAAAGCAAAAUUUCUCUAAAUUUUUCAGGGUGUGAGAAAAUAUCAGACAUAACCAUGACAUCAUCAGUAAGUGUAUUAAUAGCAAACCUUAUCAAAGGAGAGCUGCUUCCCUCUGCUCUCAUCUGGAUAACCUCCCGACCAGCAGCAGCCAAUCAAAUCCCCCUUCAGUACAUCAACCGUGUGACAGAAAUUCAGGGAUUCGAUGACCCACAGAAGGAGGAGUACUUCAGGAAGAGAAUCAGUGAUCAAGACCAAGCUAAGAAAAUCAUCUCACACAUUAGGACAGCAAGGAGCCUUCAUAUCAUGUGCCACAUACCUGUCUUCUGUUGGAUCUCAGCUACUGUGCUUCAGCAAAUCAUGAAACAAGCUAAUCAAACAGAAAUCCCUAAAACUCUGACUGAGAUGUACACACACUUCCUGCACACACAGACAAAUAUGACAAAUGAAAAGUAUAAUGAGAAAAAAGAAAGCGAUCCACAAAAAUUACUGGAAUACAAUAAAAUGGUUAUUCUGAAAUUAGCAGAACUGGCUUUCAAAGGGUUGAUUAAGGGCAACGUGAUGUUCUAUGAAGAAGACCUGAUUGAGUGUGGCAUUGAUGUCACUGAGCCCUCUGUGUUUUUUGGCGUUUGCACUGAGAUCUUUAGGGGGGAAUCUGUACUUUACCAGAAGAAGGUCUACUGCUUUGUGCAUCUUAGCUUUCAGGAGUUCCUCGCUGCUUUUUAUGUGUUGCACUGCUAUGUGAGCAAAAACAUGGAGGAACUGCAGAGUCUUAAACCACAGUACAGUGACUGGUCUGUGACAGUGCCACUGGAGGAGCUGUUGAAGGGAGCAGUGAAUAAAGCUUUAUUGAGUCAGAAUGGACACCUGGACCUUUUUCUCCGGUUCCUGCUUGGCAUUUCACUGGAGUCCAAUCAGAAACUGCUACAAGGUCUACUGGAUCACACAGAGAGCAGCUCAAAUAGCAUCAACGAAACAGUCCACUAUAUCAAACAACAAAUACAAAACAAAGACCUGUCUACUGACAGAGCAAUCGGUCUGUUCCUCUGUCUAAUUGAAAUGAAUGACCACUCCCUCUCUACAGAUAUUCAGGAAUAUCUAAAAUCAGAGAAACACUCCAAAAAUAAGCUCUCUGCUGGACAGUGUUCAGCAUUGGCUUGCGUGCUUCUGAUUUCAAAGGACGUGAUGGAUGAGUUAGACCUUAAAAUAUACAAUACAACAGAACAGGGUUAUAGGAGACUGAUCCCAGCUGUAACCAACAGCAGAAAGGCUUUACUAGCUGGCUGUAAUCUCUCCACACACUCCAGUGACACUCUCUGCUCUGCUUUGAAAUCACCAAAGUCCUACCUGACAGAAUUGGAUGUGUCUAACAACAAUCUGCAAGAUUCAGGAGUGAAACUGCUCUCUGCUGGACUAAAGAGUUCUCAGUGUAAAUUGGAGAGACUUAGACUUACUGGCUGUAAUCUCACUGAAGAGUCUUGCAAAUAUCUCUCAUCAGCUCUACAAACAGAACAUUCCUCCCUCAAAGAGCUUGACAUUAGUAAUAAUGGUCUCCAGGAUUCAGGAGUGGAGUACCUCAUUUCUGGACUGAGGAGUUUACACUGUAAACUGGAGAUACUCAGAUUAGCUAGCUGUAAUCUUGGAAGAAAGACUUGUGAAAAUAUUGGAGCGGUUUUACAGCUGGCAGUCUCUCACCUGCAAGAACUUAAUCUGAAUAACAACAACCUCCAAGACUCAGGAGUGGAACUGCUCUCUUGUGGACUGAAGAAUCCACUCUGUCAAAUGAAGAUACUCAGACUAGCCAUCUGUAAUCUUGGGGAAAAGGCUUGUGAAAUUCUGGGAUCAGCUUUACAAGUGGCUCAUUCUGUACUGAAGGAACUUGACCUGAGUAACAAUGAUGUGAAAGAUUCAGGAGUGCUGCUGCUCUGUGCUGGACUGAAGAGUUCACACUGUAAACUUGAGAUACUCAAAUUAUCAGGUUGUAUGAUUACAGAGGAAGGCUGUUCUUCUCUGGCUUCAGCUCUCAGUUCAAACCCAUCUCACCUUAAAGAAUUGGAUCUGACCUACAACCACCCUGGAAUCUCAGGAGUGAAACUGCUUUCUGCUAUAUUGGAGGAUCUAAACUGUAAUCUGGAGACACUUAAGUUGGAGCAUGCAGGGAAGAUCAGGAUUAAACCAGGCCUAGGAAAAUAUUACUGUGAGCUCACACUGGACCCAAACACAGUGCACACACGUCUUUGCCUACUUGAUGGGAACAGAAAGGUGAUAUCAAUGAAGGAGCUGGAGUCAUAUCCUGAGCAUCCAGAGAGAUUUGAUGUCUAUGAACAGGUUCUGUGCAGAGAGAGUCUGUCUGGACGUUGUUACUGGGAGGCUGAGUGGAGUGGCAGAACUGAUAUUAUGGCAGUGACUUGUAAAGGAAUCAGCAGGAAAGGAGGCAAUAAUGAUUGUAGGUUUGGAUUCAACGAAAUAUCCUGGUGUCUCAGCUGCUCUAAUUACAGUUACUCUGCUUGGCACAAUGAUAAGAGAAUUUCCAUACCUGGCCCCCCUCCCAGCUCCAAAAGAGUAGGAAUGUACCUGGACUGGCCGGCCGGCACUCUGUCCUUCUAUAGUGUCUCCUCUGACACACGCACACUGACUCACAUAUACACGUUCCACUCCACAUUCACCGAACCCCUUUAUGCAGGGUUUUGGGUUUGGUUUCAGGAAUCCUCAGUGUGCUUAUGUCAGAUAGAAUAGCCUCCUUUAUCCUAGAAGAUUUAAGUCCUCAAAGAAACACUGACUCAUCUUCCUAUUACAUUCAAUGCUGUUGGUUAACACAAGGUUGCACAUAACUAAUGUCUUUUUUUUUUCUGAAUGACUUCAUCACGUCCCAUGAAUUUCACUCUUUAUAUUUAUCAGGCAGAAUGGUAUUUAUAGAUGGAAUAAUAAUUUUAAUGAGCUAUUAGUAAUAGUGUUUUUUGCACCAACAAACAUGAUUAGUGAGUUCAUUUUCCUGUCUCUUAAUCUUGUACAGACCAUUAUUGGUAGAGUCAUACUCAAGAUCUCUACCAUUUAUUUUUUGUUUAAUAAUGUUUAUAAUUGACGAUGCAUGCUUUCCUCAUUAUAUAUCUCAUUAAACAUUAUAAAUGUUUAACAUUUAUGUACCCCUUCAAAUCCUGCUAGAAUACUAGAAUACUGCUAGAAUUCCUGGCUCCUGCAGUUGGAUUGUAAUCUUUCUUAGUCUGUUACAAUAAAACAUGCAUCUGAAAAGUAUGUUUUACUGUGGCCACAAAUCCUCAGCUGAGCGCUGAGGAAUUGCUUUAUAUUCUAUUCUCAUCAAACUUCCUCAGCUUUUUCUCCCCUUAAAUUGCAAUAAAGCAAGUUAAAAACUCA